AUGCGGCUCUGGAGUUGGGUGCUGCGCCUGGGGCUGCUAAGCGCCGCGCUGGGCUGCGGGCUGGCCGAGCGCCCCCGCCGGGCCCGGAGAGACCCGCGGGCCGGCCGCCCCCAGCGCCCCGCCGCCGGCCCGGCCACCUGCGCCACCCGGGCGGCCCGCGGCCGCCGCGCCUCUCCGCCGCCGCCGCCGCCGCCGCCGCCGGGCGGUGCCUGGGAAGCUGUGCGCGUCCCCCGGCGGCGGCAGCAGCGGGAGGCGAGGGGCGCCGCCGAGGAGCCGAGCCCGCCGACCAGGGCGCUCUAUUUCAGCGGGAGAAGCGAGCAGCUGCGCCUGCGGGCCGACCUCGAGCUGCCCCGGGACGGGUUCACGCUGGAAGUGUGGCUGCGAGCGGAGGGGGGCCAGAGGUCCCCGGCGGUGAUCACAGGGCUGUAUGACAAAUGUUCUUACACCUCGCGUGACCGAGGAUGGGUCGUGGGCAUUCACACCAUCAGUGACCAAGGAAACAGAGACCCACGCUAUUUUUUCUCCUUGAAGACGGACCGGGCUCGAAAAGCAACCACCAUCAAUGCUCACCGCAGCUACUUCCCAGGACAGUGGGUAUUCCUAGCUGCUACUUAUAAUGGGCGGCUGAUGAAGCUCUAUUUGAAUGGUGCCCAGGUGGCAACCUCUGGGGAGCAGGUGGGUGGCAUCUUCAGCCCCCUGACCCAGAAGUGCAAAGUGCUCAUGUUGGGGGGCAGUACUCUAAACCACAACUAUCGGGGCUACGUUGAACAUUUCAGUCUGUGGAAAGUGGCCAGGACACAGAGGGAGAUAUUGUCAGACAUGGAAUCUCAUGGCUUCCACACUCCUCUACCUCAGCUCCUCCUCCAGGAGAACUGGGAGAAUGUGAAACGUGCCUGGUCUCCCAUGAAAGAAGGCAACAGCCCCCAUGUGGAACUCAGUAAUGCCCACAACUUCCUGCUGGACACAAGUUUGGAGCCCCCUCUGUGUGGGCAGACCCUAUGUGACAAUGCAGAAGUCAUCGCCAAUUACAACCAACUACCACGUUUCCGCUUGCCCAAAGUGGUACGCUACCGUGUGGUCAACCUCUAUGAUGAUGACUACAAGAAUCCAACAGUGAGCCAGCAACAGGUAGACUUCCAACACCAGCAGCUGAUUGAGGCCUUCAAGCAGUACAAUAUCUCCUGGGAGCUGAAGGUCCUCGAGGUGAGAAACUCCUCUCUACGCCACCGCCUUAUCCUGGCCAACUGUGACAUCAGCAAGAUUGGUGAUGAGAACUGUGACCCUGAAUGUAACCACACGCUGACAGGCCAUGAUGGUGGAGACUGCCGCCAUUUGCGCCCCCCGGCCUUCAUGAAGAAACAACAGAAUGGCGUGUGCGACAUGGACUGCAAUUAUGAACAUUUCAACUUUGAUGGUGGAGAGUGCUGUGACCCUGAAAUCACUGAUGUCACUAAGACUUGCUUUGAUCCUGAUUCUCCACACAGAGCCUAUUUGGAUGUUAAUGAGCUGAAGAAUAUUCUGAGAUUGGAUGGAUCAACACAUCUCAAUAUUUUCUUUGCAAACUCCUCAGAGGAAGAGCUGGCAGGAGUAGCAACUUGGCCAUGGGACAAGGAAGCCCUAAUGCACUUGGGUGGCAUUGUCUUGAACCCUGCUUUCUACGGCAUUCCUGGGCACACCAACACCAUGAUCCAUGAGAUCGGGCACAGCUUGGGUCUCUACCACACCUUCCGAGGGAUCUCAGAGAUCCAGUCCUGCAGUGACCCCUGCAUGGAGACAGAGCCCUCCUUUGAAACCGGAGAUCUCUGCAAUGACACCAACCCAGCCCCUAAACAUAAGUUCUGCGGUGAUCCCAUGCCAGGAAAUGACACGUGUGGCUUCCAUAGCUUCUUUAACACCCCGUACAACAACUUCAUGAGCUACGCAGAUGACGACUGUACAGACUCCUUCACGCCCAAUCAAGUCGCCAGAAUGCACUGCUACUUGGACCUGGUGUACCAGGGCUGGCAGCCCUCCAGUAAGCCGGCUCCUGUUGCCCUUGCACCCCAGAUUGUAAGCCACACUACAGAUUCUGUGACGCUGGAGUGGUUCCCACCCAUCGACGGCCACUCCUUUGAAAGAGAAUUGGGAUCAGCAUGUGACCUUUGCCUGGAAGGGAGAAUCCUGAUGCAGUACGCUUUCAACGCCUCCUCCCCAAUGCCUUGUGGCCCCUCAGGACACUGGAGCCCUCGGGAAGCAGAAGGUCAUCCAGAUGUUGAACAGCCAUGUAAAUCCAGCGUCCGUACUUGGAGCCCAAACUCAGCUGUCAACCCACACACAGUCCCUCCAGCCUGCCCUGAGCCACAAGGCUGCUACCUCGAGCUGAAAUUCCUCUAUCCCCUGGUCCCUGAGUCUCUGACCAUCUGGGUGACCUUUGUCUCCACCGACUGGGACUCUAGUGGAGCUGUCAAUGACAUCAAAUUGUUGACUGUUAGCAAGAAGAACAUCUCCCUGGGCCCUCAGAACAUUUUCUGUGACAUCCCAUUGACCAUCAAGCUCCAAGAUGUGGAUGAGGAGGUGUACGGCAUCCAGAUCUACACGUUAGAUGAGCACCUAGAGAUCGAUGCAGCCAUGUUGACCUCUGUGGCAGGCUGUCCACUCUGCCUAGACUGUAAGCCCCUAAGGUACAAAGUGGUUCGAGAUCCUCCUAUCCAAGAGGACAAGGCCUCCAUCGUCCACUUCAACAGGAGAUUCACAGAUAGGGAUCUAAAACAUAACAGUGUGUACCAGUACCGCAUCAUCGCCAUUUCAGGAACUGAAGAGAGUGAGCCAUCACCAGCUGCCAUAUAUAUCCAUGGAAGUGGGUAUUGUGGUGAUGGAAUCAUUCAAAUAGAUCAAGGUGAGGAAUGCGAUGACAUGAAUAAGAUCAAUGGUGAUGGCUGCUCUCUCUUCUGCCAACAAGAAGUCUCCUUCAACUGCAUUGAUCAACCCAGUCGGUGCUAUUUUCAUGAUGGUGAUGGGGUAUGUGAAGAGUUUGAACAAAAAACUAGCAUUAAGGACUGUGGUGUCUACACGCCCCAGGGAUUCCUGGAUCAGUGGGCAUCCAAUGUUUCAGUUUCUCAUCAAGAUCAGCAGUGCCCAGGCUGGGUCAUUAUUGGGCAGCCAGCAGCAUCUCAGGUGUGUCGAACCAAGGUGAUUGAUCUCAGUGAAGGCAUUUCUCAGCAUGCCUGGUAUCCUUGCACCAUCAGCUACCCAUACUCCCAGCUGGCUCAGACCACUUUCUGGCUCCGGGCGUAUUUCUCUCAGCCAAUGGUUGCUGCAGCUGUCAUUGUCCACCUGGUGACCGAUGGAACAUAUUAUGGGGAUCAAAAGCAGGAGACCAUCAGUGUGCAGCUGCUUGAUACCAAAGAUCAGAGCCAUGACCUAGGCCUCCAUGUCCUGAGCUGCAGGAACAAUCCCCUGAUUAUCCCUGUGGUCCAUGACCUCAGCCAGCCCUUCUACCACAGCCAGGCGGUGCGUGUGAGUUUCAGUUCACCCCUUGUCGCCAUCUCGGGGGUGGCCCUCCGCUCCUUCGACAACUUUGACCCCGUCACCCUGAGCAGCUGCCAGAGAGGGGAAACCUACAGCCCUGCCGAGCAGAGCUGUGUUCAUUUCAUGUGUGAAGCCACUGACUGUCCAGAGCUGGCUGUGGAGAACGCUUCUCUCAAUUGCUCCACCAAUGACCGUUACCAUGGUGCCCAGUGUACUGUGAGCUGCCAGAUGGGCUAUGUUCUGCAGAUACAGCGAGAUGAUGAGCUCAUCAAGAACCAGGUGGGGCCGAGUGUCACAGUGACUUGCACAGAAGGCAAGUGGAACAAGCAGGUGGCAUGUGAGCCAGUGGACUGUGGCCUCCCAGACCACCAUCAUGUCUAUGCUGCCUCCUUCUCCUGCCUCGAUGGCACAACUUUUGGCCGCCGAUGUUCCUUUCAGUGUCGUCACCCUGCACAAUUGAAAGGCAACAACAGCCACCUUACUUGUAUGGAGGAUGGGUUGUGGUCCUUCCCAGAGGCCCUGUGUGAGCUCAUGUGCCUGGCUCCACCCCCAAUACCUAAUGCAGAACUCCAAACAGCCCGGUGCCGAGAGAGCAAGCAUAAGGUGGGCUCCAUCUGCAAGUACAAGUGCAAACCAGGAUACCAUGUACCAGGCUCCUCCAGGAAGUCAAAGAAGCGAGCCUUUAAGACUCAGUGUACCCAAGAUGGCAGCUGGCAGGUGGGAGCGUGUGUUCCUGUGACUUGUGAUCCACCUCCACCAAAAUUCCAUGGGCUCUACCAGUGCACUAAUGGCUUCCAGUUCAACAGUGAGUGUAGGAUCAAGUGUGAGGACAGUGACACCUCCCAGGGACAUGGGAGCAAUGUCAUUCACUGCCGAAAAGAUGGCACCUGGAGUGGUUCCUUCCACCUCUGCCAGGAGAUGCAAGGACAGUGCUCGGCUCCAAAUCAGAUCAACAGCAACCUGAAGCUGCAGUGCUCUGAUGGCUAUGCCAUAGGGUCAGAGUGUGCCAUCUCAUGCCUGGACCACAACAGCGAGUCCGUCAUCCUGCCAAUAAAUGUGUCUGUGCGUGACAUCCCUCAUUGGUUGAACCCCACAAGGGUAGAGAGAGUUGUCUGCACUGCUGGCCUCAAGUGGUAUCCUCACCCUGCUCUGAUUCACUGUGUCAAAGGCUGUGAGCCCUUCAUGGGAGACAAUUACUGUGAUGCCAUCAACAAUCGAGCCUUCUGCAACUAUGAUGGAGGAGAUUGCUGUGCCUCCACAGUGAAGACCAAAAAGGUCACUCCCUUCCCUAUGUCCUGUGACCUGCAAGGAGACUGUGCUUGUCGGGACCCCAAAGCCCAAGAACACAGCCAGAAAGACCUCCGGGGAUACAGCCACGGCUAAGGAAAGACAAAGACCUGUCAAAUAAUUCCCAAUGCCAGGACCCGCAUUCCUUUGGUAUUGAUUUCACAGUCAGCUGCUCAAUAGAAUGGCCUCUCCACACCAGGGAUCCUUAGCACCCAACCGGUCUGCCUUUAAUUUCACCUAGGAAUGACUUCUAGUGGGGCGCAUGAACCAAUCCCAUCAUGUUGAAUGAUGGAUGGAAUGGAAUCUCAUCCCAGAGUCUAAGAUGGAUUGCAUAUACAACAUACAGUCCUGGAGCCUCCUAAAAUUCCAACCAUUUGUCACAUGACUACAGAGAGAAACGUGUUCUGUGUCUGAGAGAGUGCACAUCUUUGGUUAGUACACAUGCAUGCAUAUGCAUCCAUACAAACAUCUGCGUCAAGGCUGUUCUGGAGACUGAGCAGAGAGACUGGAACAUAAUCUUUCCUGUCUCAGGCUUCUAGCCAACACUAACCAUGGGAGAAAUAGUGUUGCAGAAACUGCUUAGACCAAUGUUGAGAUACCAACUUAACUCACACUCUGAGGCUUGGACUAUGCAGGGUCGUGCACAGUGGUGCAGUCCUUUGAGAUUGGAAGAGAAAAGGUCUAUGACCACCUAUCUUUUGGGUAAUGAGGGCCUAGGAAGAGGUAAAGAUUCCAAGGUAUGCAAAGAUUCCCAAGUCUUCUGCUACUGUGGGAACUUUACCCUAGCACCAGGGUUUGAGGGGCAAGCUGGAAAUGGCUUAGAAUUGAAAUGUAAAGGUAUUAUGCCCGCCCCCUGCUUGAGGCUUGAGAGGCCAUACAUCCCUACAGAACGUAUCCAUUCCUCAAAUCUUGCCUUGGGACCACAUUUGCUGCUACUUUUCUUGCUGCUCUAUCCUAUACAUUGAGUACCCCCAUGAUGAUAAAACUAAGUUAGGAAAACUCCCACACAACCAAACAGUCUGCCUUAAAGAUGACUCUCAUUUCCCCACAGUUCCUCACUUCUUAGCCCUCCUGCAAAAGGAAACCCCUCAAGGGCCCACGUGGUGACAAGUGCCCCAUGAGUAGGUUUCUCAUCUUCGAAGGGAGUUGAGGGACUUCAGAAUCUAGAGUGUCUAAACCAGUGUUAGAUUUUGUAAGUGGAACAGUGUUAAAUCUCUAUGAUGUUGGAGCCAUCCAGAGGUCAUUGGACUCAUCUGGACUCUUGGCUCAUCAUCUUCAUCCUAGUCUUCCUGGCCUUUCAUAUUGCAGUAAGCUUUGAUCCUGAAGACCUCACCAUUGAUCUUAAUAUGUAUAAUUCUAAUAACAGAGAAUCAUUUAAGGUAUGAUCAGUGUGGGAUGUGUUCUAUAGGAUCUUCAGAGGGAAACCAGGGUUUACAGCCGCUGUACUCAACAUAAUCAUGACAUUUUCCAUGUAUUUUUCUCAGUACCAGUACUGACUCCCACAUUUGUGGCUGGCAAACUCUUCCCUCAAUCCAUGUUCAGCUUCCAAAAGCUAAGUGGAGACUAGUCAGUUUCACAAAAAUGUCCGCAACUCUUUGUGGGUCUCUUUACCAAUUUCGAGUCAGUCACCUGUUUAUUCUCUUUGAAUUGGUAUGGGGCAAGAAUACGGCAAGAUGAAGCAGAGUGAGUGGCUAAGUUUGACCUACUUUUUGAAAUCUGAAGCUGCCAAACGAGAAGUUAGGAGGAGCUAAAUUAGUGAUAUGAUACAAAUAUUACUGCAAAGCAAGUCAUCUCAAGUAAUGAAGGCAACCAAAAAAAUAGUCAUGUGUGAGGAUUGAAAAUAUCAGACACCUGUGCAGCCCAUACAAACUCCUUCAUUCAAGGCAGUCCUAGUUAAUUCAUCACAGCUCCUUUUCCUAUGGGGACCAAAACCAACUUCAGAAAGCAUUUUACUAUAUCAUUCCAAGCAGCACAUACCUGCUAAUCAAGGACACUUGAGAACAUCUGUUGGCUCUCUGUGGUCAGUUCUAUCAAGACAUAUUGAGGUGCUUUUCACACAGGUGCCCACAGCAAGGAUGCAGUGCUUAGAUAGUUUCUAUGGCUUGUAUCAUAUUAUAAGCUCUGAGAUAGGGUUACAGAAAUGAGAGUUUUCCACCACUGUUAAGGUCAGGCUCAAAUCCUUUGUUUCUUCCUAACAAAAUAACAUCUUAUUAUUAUCCAGGGCAUUUUUUUCUGUAACAACCAGGGCCAAUGCUUAGCAAAAAUAGGAAUAUUAGAGUCAGUCCUCUUUUGUACCACUGUCACAUGUCUUAGAACUCUCGCCAAUGUGUAAGUUUUCUCUUUUGCACUUGUUGAGAGGUACAAACUAAGGACAAUAACAGUAUCACCCCUGUUAGUGGCCUAACAGUACCCAUUAGUUAUAACUGAAAAAACAAAAAAAAAAACAAAAACAAACAAUUUUGUAAGACUCAAAGAUGAUGGAAGAAGGAGGUAUUGCAGGGACCACAGAAGAACCUCAUCUUCAAUCAGUCCUCAUCCUCUUUCUACCUCUCCUCUCACUGUCUUAUGCUCCUAUUUUCCAACUGGGUAAAUAUGCCUGAUUGCUGACUUCUAACUCUUAACUCACAAAUUGAAUUGAGCGCUUUUGAGUAAUGAUCUAUCCAGUCCAUUUCUUACUAUCAUUACAGUCUCUUAACAACAGAUUUGUUUUUCCAUGAAUAUUAGGUAAAAGAGGUUCCUUGACUGUGGCCAUCCUCAUGCCCACUUAUGAGAUGUUUAAUUAAGAGGCUCUUCUCAAACAGUGCUGGAGGGUCCGCUCUAGUCAUGCAAUGCACUGAUUUCUCGUUCCUUUUUAUUGUUGGGAAUUGACUCAUUUUCUCACGCCUUCAGUCAUCUCCUGCAUAGAACAAUGGAGUACCGACUGUUUAUUGGCAGCUCAGAGGCCCUGUAAUGCUAGGGGUUCAGCAUCUGAAGAAGUAUUAGCCUGUUAGCAGCAAGAAUGGAAAGAUCAGGCAGACAACUCUCUAAGCCCCCAUCUAAAGAAGUCUUUGGAGGCUACAAAAGGCUCAGUGCCUGCCCAGAGGACUUGUGUUAUCCUCAAAUGUUGUGCCAACAACUGUUGAAGGGAAUGCAGUCCUUGGAAAGUCAGUUUUGGUGGGUUAAUUGGAGUGUUGAAGAAGGGAGUGACUGAUGGGCAUACAUGGUAGUUGCUUGAAGAUGGAAGGUGUCAUCUCCUGUUCCUGGCUUCAGCAUUAUUGAGUCACUGCCUAGAUAAUUCUGUUGAUCUUAUUCCCACCUUGGCUUAAUAUGUAAAUGCUGUUUGUUAAACUAAUUCUUCAAGACAGAUCUCAGCUACCUCCUUUCCAGGUUUGAUUUAACUUGGUUGUAACUGUCAAUUUGUUAUAGGUCUUACCUGUGUUUAAGGAGAGAAAGGGAGAGAGGAAUAAGGGAACAAAAGGAAGGAAGAAAAGAAAGAGGGAAGGAAAAACAAAGGAAAGAAGGAACCAAUAAAAAUUGAGUUAACAGUUCUGAGAUUUUUUAUGUUUUUGUCUGGAACUACUUCAAGUAGGAAAAUAAAAAGAAGAAAUUGGUGGUGACAAAACUGUACAGAGACAGAGUAAUAGAUGACAAGGAGAUUAAAAUGAAAUAAAAAUGCAUGAUUUAAAAUUAAGAAGAAACAUAUUGCUAUGUUUCCCAAAGGAAAUUAUUCUACUGACCGAGUAGAUAGACAUAAGCAUAAACAUUUCUUUAGAGCACAGAGUAGGAUUUUAUAGCAUUGUCUGUUACUUUCUGUACAUUGUGGUAGGUCCAGAAAAUAUGACCAUUCCCCCUUGAUAUGUUGGUGGGAUUGGUGGAGUAUUCUGUUUAUUUGUUUGGUGGCAAUCAGUGGUAGUAGGGAGUGGGUGGGUUUGGUAUUGGUUUUCCAUAUAUUAAGGGGACAUAUUGUGUCAUUGUGCUUUUUAUGUUCUAAGAUGUCUCUAUUUACUGGUAUAGCACUGCAUUUUCUAUAAAGACUGCACUCAGAACUGCACUGCACAGCCCAAUUUCCAACAAUGCUGCUACAUGACCAGACAGGUAACUCCAGUGAGUUUUGAGAAACCAAACAUGCUAAGCGAAGAACAAAGCAAGUAAGAAUCUAAAUAGUAAACAAACAUAACUUUAGUCUUGUUAAUUAUUCCAGUUUUGCCAAAUUCCUAUUAAUGAUUUGCUUUUCAGAGGGAAUGUAUGAUAGCCAAUAAAGGAAUUACAUCCCCAGAAUAUAGAACUGCUAAUUCCAAGUAGUUUGACUGGUGAUCUUCAAUAAGUUGUCACAUUGCCUCUACAUUUGCCUCAGUUUUUUUAGUGGCAAAAUGGGGAUAAUCAUACUUACCUACCUCACAGGGGGAGGACAGGGGAUGAGGCUAAGAGGUUCAGUGGCCUUUGGCAAUCUGGGAAGGUUGACAAGAAGUUCAUGGAUUAGGCACAGGCCUAGUAGUAAUUUAGGAAAGAUAGGGAGCGCUCUUUGGAUAUGUCAAGGAGUAAUUCUGGAGCUCCUGGAUGGUAAUCCACCCUGGGAGAAAGACCUAUAUUGAGGGAUAUUUGACUUUAUAGGUUAAUUCAGUUUUUCCCCGGUAUCCUAGGCUCUCCUAGUUUGAUCAUUUGCUUAAAAGCCAAUUCCUUCCUACAGUGUAAAAGCCAGUUUACUGUUGUCUAUCCAAGACUUACAGGCCAUUUUCAAAUUUCAGAAGAAGGGAGUCUCUGAAAUUCCUUCAGACUUUAAAGUCCACAUCACGUGUUCCAUGAGAAGAAGACAUGGCAUUCUGAGUGCAAACAACUCGGGGCCUCUGAAACCACACACCAGCAGACAGCAAGGAGACUUUGAACAAUGAUUGAGUUGCUUUCUUGGGUCUCUGUAAUCAAUAACCUGUCCACAGAUAUCUAUCUAUAUAAAGAUAUUAUAUAUAAAUAUAAAUUUACAUAUAUAUGCACAUGUAUAUAUAGUUGUACAUAUAUGUGUGUAUAUAUAUACUUAAAUGUAAUAUUUACAAAAUAAAACUGUGAUCUCGUCUAGAGAAAAUGUACUCAUAUUACAAACUGCUCUUCCAUAUUUAUGUACAAUAUUAUACCAUUUUAUUAUUGUUAUAAUUAUUAUGGGUAUUUCUAAUUAUUCUGAGGUUGAAAUCUGUUUGGCACCUUCUGAAUGCUACCAAAAAAUGACUCUUCAUUAAAGUGUUUAAAAUCUGUACUAUUGAGAAUUCUACUGGCCUACUGUAAAAACAAAACAAACAAACAAACAAAAACAAAAACAAAACCAACACAAUUCCAAUCCUUUCUCUGUACCUCACACGCAUAAAUUUGCUGCUCCUAUUUUUGGGUUUAUGUUUUUCCCAUUUGUGUUUUUAUGGAUCUAAGUUAAGUCUUUCAGCAAUAUAUAAAAAUGUAAAUAGUAAACUUUUAUUUAUUAAGAAUGUCAUCUUUUUUAAUUUAUAUUUACACAAUUGUUCAUCUAAUUUAUUUUUUCUAUACAGUUUUAAAUACUCAGACAUAUUUUGCUGUUUAUGAUAUUUUUAUCCCGUCUCAUGGAUUUGUUAUUCCAUACUGUUUUCUUCUGGUCUCAAUUACAGGUUGGGUCUCACAAAAAUAAUGUCAAUGACAGAAAUAUUUUGCCACUGUUGAUUACUAUAUGUUAAAAUUCUAUAUUAUGAAAAUAUAUAAUAGCUUGUAUGCUUCAA